AUGACGCGCAAGAUCGACACCCUUGUAGCUUGGCGGCCUACGGACCGUGAUGCCUACCUUCCAGGUCAGACCACUCUGGACGUGAUUGAAGACGCCAAGGAGUACCUCGUCAAGUACGAGUCUCAGUCUUACGCUCAUUGCGAGUGGAAGCCAGGCCCUUGGGUUUUUGGAGUGACGAAUGGCGUGAUGCGCAACGCAUUCCCCAAGCGCAACGACGGUGCAAACUUGCUGCCGAAGUUCGACGAGAAGGACGCGAUUCCCGAGGAGUAUCUUCUUUCAGACGUUGUUCUGGACGUGAGAUACAAGGGCACAUUCAAGUUCGAGUCGAAGAAGGCAGAUCUGGACAAGGUCUUUAUGAUAGAUGAAGCCAUGAUCAAGUUUGAAGGCCUGGACUAUGUUGACGCUGUUUGGGAUGCGCCCCCCGACCAUGACUCCGGCCUUCGCUGGGACGCUUUUCUCUCUGCGUACAACGAGUUCCUCAAUGGCAAGCACUUCAAGUCUGAACCAGCGAGCAGCAUCAAGGAACGUCUUCGAAAGUUCCGGGACAUGGAUUUCAGCAAGGGUCUCGCUUUCAAGGACGACCCGCCCAGUUCAGAGCCUCGUUUCAACGGCUUUUUGAGGGAGGGCAAUACUCUCAUGAAGUAUCAAGUCCAGGGACUCAACUGGAUCCUGAGUAGCUUCCAUCAGGAGCGGAGCGCCGUCUUAGCAGACGAAAUGGGGUUGGGAAAGACCAUCCAGGUCAUCGCCUUGAUGGCUUCCGUCAGCCUGCAGUCUCCUCGGGCCUGGCCCUGGCUUGUGGUUGUUCCCAACUCGACCUGCCCCAAUUGGCGGAGGGAAAUCAAGAAGUGGGCCCCGGACAUGCGCGUGGUUUGUUACCAUGGUGGUAAGGAGCCGCAGCGUCUGGCAUAUCAAUACGAGCUGUUCCCCAAUGGCUCAAAGGACAUGAAAGCCCACGUCGUAAUCAUGUCAUACGACUCUGCCCAGGAUGAUCACACCAGGAGUCUCUUUAGAAGUGUCCAGUGGGUUGGCAUGAUUGUUGAUGAGGGUCAACGGCUCAAGAACGACGCGAAUUUGCUGUACGGCGCGCUUCGUUCCAUGAGGGUCCCUUGGCGGCUGCUCCUCACCGGCACGCCGCUUCAGAAUAACAAGCGUGAACUCUUCAACCUCCUCCAAUUCAUCGACCCGUCGAAGAAUGCGGAACGCCUUGACGAGCAGUUCGCCGAGCUUACGAAAGACAACAUUACGGAGCUUCACGAGAUGAUCAAGCCUUACUUCCUGCGGCGCACCAAGGCUACGGUGCUGAAGUUCCUGCCGCCGAUGGCGCAGAUCAUCUUGCCGGUCUCCAUGUCAGUUGUCCAGGAGAAGCUUUGCAAGUCGAUCAUGGAAAGGAAUCCCGAGCUCAUUCGCGCAAUAUUUGCGAAUACGAAGCUCAAAUCCAACGAGCGGAGCAGUCUGAACAACAUCCUCAUGCAGCUGCGGAAGUGUCUCGGCCACCCGUUUCUGUACAGUGGAGCUGUCGAAGACAAGAAUGUGGACGAGAAGACGAUGCACCGCAACCUCGUUGAGGCUUCUGCUAAAUUUGUUCUUCUAGAGCAAAUGCUCCCUCGGCUCCAGGAGCAUGGCCACCGCGUGCUUAUUUUCAGCCAGUUCCUUGGCAUGCUGGACAUUGUGGAGGACUUCCUCACUGGUAUAGGCUUCAAGUACCACCGCCUUGACGGAAAUGUCACGAGCCUCGAGAGACAAAAGCGCAUCGACUCAUUCAAUGAGCCAGGUUCCGAGUACUUCGCUUUCCUCCUGUCGACCCGUGCAGGAGGUGUGGGAAUCAACUUGGCGACUGCGGACACAGUCAUCAUUCUUGACCCCGACUUUAACCCACACCAAGACCUGCAGGCUCUGUCUCGAGCCCAUCGCAUUGGCCAGAAGAACAAAGUUCUUUGCUUCCAGCUGAUGACGAAGGGCAGCGUCGAGGAGAAGAUUAUGCAGAUUGGGCGUAAGAAAAUGGCCCUUGACCAUGCGUUGGUCGAGAGUAUGGAUGCCAAAAACGAAAACAACGCAGAGGUCGGAGAGGACCUCGAGUCCAUCUUGAAGCAUGGCGCAGAGGCUCUUUUCAACGACGGUGAAAAGGAGCACAUCAAAUACGAUGCGGCUGCCAUCGAGAAGCUGCUGGAUAGAUCUGCGAUCAAACCGACACUAGCGGCUGACGAUGAGGAUGAUGCAACCAAGAGACCUCAAUUUUCAUAUGCUCGCGUCUGGCAAAAUGAUUCUGGGGAUUUAGCGAAUGAGUUGCAGGUGGAAGAAAACCCGGAGGUUCCCAUGAGUGUAUGGGACGAGAUUCUCAAGCAACGAGAGGACGAGGCAAAGAGAAGGGCCGAGCUCAACAAGGAGGUGCUUGGUCGCGGUGGUAGACGACGCCAGGCUGUCAAAUACGCUGGCGAGGCCGUCGAUGGCCUUGAGGACCAGCCAGUUGGAGGCAUUGCUGAGACGAAGCUGCCUUCUGAGGUUGACGAGGAUUUCAUUAGCACUGAUUCCUCUGACAGUGAUUCUGAAAACGGUAAUGUUGAUUCUGGUACGAACUCACAGGGACAGGCAAAGAAAGGUACAGCACGCUCUCGAAAGACUCCAAAGAAGCAAACCCCAAAGAAGCAGUCUAACAAGAACAACCCUCAGCCUUCUCCAUCGAAGCGAUCUACCCCCAGAAAGCCCCAGACGCCCAAGAACACCGUCACACCCCGAAAGGGCCAGACACCCCGAAGCACAAAGACCCAGUCCCAGCGAAGAGGCCGCGCGGGCGCCCUAGGAAACACGUCGACGGCCAAGUCAGAGAGCGCAAAGGAGGCGGCGGCGACGCCCACCAAAAUCAAGGGCAAAGGCCAGGACAAGGCCACCCAACCCGAGGAGGAGGACAGUCAGGGAGAGGACGUGGAGGAGGGCAGCCAGGGCGAGCCUCAACCGGCGGAUACAGAGACUUCAUCAAUGCAGCCCCGCCCGUCUCCUCAGCCUUCAGCGGACCAGGGCCUCAGUACGCAAAUGCCUGGCCAGGGCGAGGUCAAACAGUCCAGCAACCGCAGCAGCCCGGACCCCAUGGCACAGCUCCCUCACACCCCUAUCCCGUACCCCAUCCCCAAUUACGGAGCCAGCCUAGUCCAGCACGGGAACUAUGGGCAGUACGGCGCCACCUACGGAGCAAACAUCAACGGUGGGGCUGCGCACCGGCCUCAAGAGAUUCAGUUACGACUAGCGCUUGACGACGUCAAGUCGCUCUCUGGCGGCGAUCCCGUUAGAGUUCAACAGAAUAGAGAGAUUCUGCAGAACCUUUUGAAAGCGAAACGACAGGGUUCAGCAGGAGAGAUUGCUGGCUCCGCUGCUCAGCCUAGUCCGCAACCACAACUACUGCCUUUCUCUGCCGCACCCCAAUCAACCCAACCACCGCAGCAACCACCGCAGCAAGAGCAAGCUCGACUUGUUGCACCACCGCAAUCUGAAGAAGAUUCUUCUGGGUCUGACGAUUCGACGUCAGAGGAAGAGUCCGAGUCCGAGUCGGAGGAGGAAGUGGGAUCCGGACCCAAUGUGGGCUCUGAGCAACAAGGCGACGAAUAG